AUGACAUACACAAUUUAUGAGGGCUUUGUCCUACAAACAAAGCGAGCUUUGACUGCGCUUUCGAACAUCCUCCACAAAGCUGAGGAGGGGCCCAAUGCCUCCAGCCUUCCGUCCUGUCGACUCUGCGAUGAUAUGAAAUCACUCAGCUAUCAGGUCUUCGCAGCAACCACGCAAACGCGGCUAACUCUGGCUAAGCUGACAGCGGAGCCUUUCCCAACGGAGGACACAAAGAGCGACGUUGUCCUCACAUAUGAGGAAAUGUACGCUCACAUCGACAAGGUGCUUGAGACACUCAACACCGUUGACAGAGACCUCAUCAUCGAACAAUCUGAAGCCGUUGGUCCCACCCCCUUGGGAGGCAAUAUACAACAACUGUCUGGAAUUGCGUAUGCAUCUAUUAUGCAAGCGAAUAUCUUCUUCCAUGUCACUACUGCUUAUGCCAUCUUGCGCAAGGAAGGUGUGCCUCUAGGCAAGGUGGAUUACCUUUUGCCAUUUGUGAUAUCCUGA